CUAAGGUUGGAAAGACCAAUAAAAUCACGUAGUCCAACCAUCAACCUGUGCCUGUGACCGCUGAGGUCACUUUGGGGCACAAAUCAGGACUAGUAUUUUUAGACAUGGUUAAUAUUUUAUGGAGCAGGUAAACCAGUGCAAGAAAGAAAGCUGGUGCUACGAAAGAAGAGUAGGACACUGGCUGUAACCUAUUUAGAUUUAUUACUUUAUGUGAACAAGGAGCCAUGCAGUCAGCUGUUAAUUUCAGACUCAGUAACCUAAAAACGUGAAGCUCGUUAAAGAUAAGCUGAGCAGGGCAGCUGUUUCUGUGGCUCCAGGGCAUAUUAAGAGAAUCACAGAUCGUGCAAAUUAACAGAAAUAGAAGAAACAAAAUGGGUACGUGCAUAAAUAUUACCUACUGGGGAAGGAGCCUUGGAGAAUGGCUGUGCCUCACAAUCCUGUUGAAUGCACAGGUAUAUGGGAAUAGGACUUUCUGCUCAAGGCGUCAACAUGAACAGGCUUCCUGGAUGGGAUAAGCAUUCUUAUGGGUACCACGGUGAUGAUGGGCACUCCUUCUGUUCCUCGGGGACAGGACAACCCUAUGGCCCUACGUUCACAACUGGAGAUGUCAUCGGUUGCUGUGUCAACCUCAUCAACAAUACCUGCUUCUACACAAAAAAUGGCCACAGUUUAGGUAUAGCCUUUACAGACCUCCCUUCAAACCUGUACCCUACGGUGGGCCUCCAGACUCCGGGAGAGAUAGUGGAUGCCAACUUUGGGCAGCAGCCAUUUGUGUUUGACAUCGAGGACUACAUGAGGGAGUGGAGAGCAAAGAUUCAGAGCACCAUUAAGCGGUUUCCCAUAGGAGACAGGCUAGGCGAGUGGCAAGCCAUGCUGCAGAAUAUGGUUUCUUCAUAUUUGGUUCAUCAUGGGUACUGUUCAACAGCAACUGCCUUCGCCAGGGUCACAGACACUGCAAUCCAGGAAGAACAGACCUCAAUAAGGAACAGACAAAGAAUACAGAAGCUAGUAUUAGCAGGCCGAGUUGGAGAGGCUAUAGAAGCCACCCAGCAGCUCUAUCCUGGCCUCCUAGAACAUAACCCCAACCUGCUCUUCAUGUUAAAGUGUCGGCAGUUUGUGGAGAUGGUGAAUGGGACAGACAGUGAAGUCCGUUGUUUCAGUGCACACAGCCCCAGAUCCCAGGACAGUUACCCUGGGUCCCCCAGCUUAAGUCCCAGACACGGAUCCAGCAACUCACAUGUUCAUAGUACUGGAGCAGAUAGCCCUACCUGUAGCAAUGGAGUCAUGUCCACAAAAAGCAAACAGAGCCACAGUAAAUACCCAACACUGAGUUCAUCUUCGUCAUCUUCCUCCUCCUCCUCCCCCUCAUCUGUGAACUACUCAGAGUCCAAUUCUACAGAUUCUACCAAAUCUCAGCAGCACAGUAGUACGAGUAACCAAGAAACCAGCGACAGCGAGAUGGAAAUGGAGGCUGAGCACUACCCCAAUGGAGUGCUGGAAAAUUCAUCCACCAGGAUAAUGAAUGGCACCUACAAACACGAAGAGAUCCUGCAGACAGAUGAAUCCAGCAUGGAAGACAGCUGUCCCCAGAGGCAGCUCUGCGGAGGGAACCACGCUGCCACCGAGCGAAUGAUCCAGUUUGGACGGGAGCUGCAGAUGCUGAGUGAACAGCUGUGCAGAGAAUAUGGGAAGAAUACAGUGCACAAAAAGAUGCUUCAGGAUGCAUUUAGCUUGUUAGCUUACUCAGACCCUUGGAACUGCCCUGUCGGUCAACAGCUGGACCCAAUCCAGAGGGAACCUGUGUGUGCUGCUCUUAAUAGUGCUAUUUUGGAAUCUCAGAACCUGCCAAAGCAGCCCCCACUGAUGCUUGCCCUGGGCCAGGCCUCGGAGUGUUUGCGACUCAUGGCUCGUGUGGGCUUGGGCUCCUGUUCCUUUGCCAGAGUAGACGACUAUUUGCACUAGCCACCAGAGCAGGAUGGAGCUGACAUCGUCGAGUGCUGCCCUUCACCCUCCGUUGCUGCCACUACAACGCCACCUCGUCUGUAGCCUGAGCUCCCACCAACACCCCCUCUAGCACACACACACUGCCUGUGAAAGGAUCUAUUCCCUCACCACGUGGCCAUUCCUGACCCAGGAGUGACUGGCAGACCUGACCUUGUCUCCCCGCCACCGCUGCGGCUCCGGCGGCACUCAGUAUUUCGCUGGUUAUUCUAAUGUAGCGCCUUCCAAUGUAGGGAUUUCUCUUUGUUUUGAUUUGAGUUGUUUCUCAUGGAUCCACCAGUAUUUUAUCUGGAGAGUUUUGCUGAGCUGGUUUCUGCUGAUUCACGGAGGAAGCUCGUGAAGUUGGUGACGCCUUGUUCUCUUCUUCCCUCCCUCCUCCAUCCGUGCACACGCAACAUCAUCUUCUGUGCUAGCUACCUGAACUCUUCUUGCAGUGGCAGUUCAGAGGGAUUAUUAUUUUUUUUUUUUUUAAUUUUAUUUGAAUCCUGUUUAUUAAAAAGGUCUCUUCCACCUCCACAAAGUCACUGAUGUAUUUAUUGCCCAGAGGCUUGGGCCCAGCCCCGCGCUUCCCACAUCCCCGCAGUGAGGUGCAUCCUGUCCUAUGCUAACCAUGGGAAUUGGAUUUGGAGGAACUCGGUCUUUCCUGUCUCUGUGAUUAGGAAAAAUAGAAGAUUUGGCAUUGCCUUUGUCAGUGGCCACACGGUAGAAACAUCUCAGCCUCUGAGAAAUGGGUAAAUCUGGCAGCUAGAGGGACAGGGCUAACCAAUGUGAAGUCACCUGGAAGCAGAUGAUGGUAAGGAAGAGCUGUGGAUGCUGCCAAGUUGGGCUGUUGGUUUUUGUGCUGCAUCACAAAACCCCUGUUUUUAUCCAUAGGGAAGUGCUCUGCUACUAAGACUAUACAAUAGUAUUUACUGAAUGAUCACUGCUACAUUCUAUUGUUUUGAGGUUACUGAUUUGAAGUGUGCUCGUCCUUGCAGGGUGCAAAUGCUCAGAUCAGGCUGCAGGUUAGGAUCAGUGCUAUCUUUUUACCCAUUUAGAAAGGAAUGGCAAUGUUUCUUUGAGGAAUAAGAAUGCAAUUUUAGUUCCAGGUCCAAAAGUGACCAGCAGGGAUCUGUGGGUGAGUAACCUCCAGGUAAGAUGGACAUGGUAAAAUGUCACUGCUGCGGUCCAGGGACUUUGAGUGCUGCUAAGGCUUUGGCAUUCAAACCAUCUGCCAGCAAGUGUUUCUAAAAGUGUAUUUUGUACUGGUGUGCCAUGUGAGGAAGAAAGUCGGUGUCAGAACUCUGCCACUGAGCUGAGAGCUUUGAGAGUUCACUGCAUUUACAGAUGUGAUUUGGAGUCAUCCCCAUCCCUGGAGGUGCCCAAGGCCAUGGGAGGGCUCUGAGCAGCCUCUGGGGCACCCAGCCUAGGGCAGGGGUUGAGGCUGGAUAGGCUUUAAGACCCCUUUCAACCCAACCAUGCUGUGAUUUGCUGCUGGAGCAUGAAGUCUGAAAUAAAGGCAGAGCAGGGGACCUGGUGGCUUUCCUGUUUGGAUGAUUCCUGUGCUGUUGGCUGUCAUUUAGCUCAUUGCUGUCUCCAGCAGUCAGACUUCUCUUCCAUCUGUGCAGCAGCACCGUCUUUGUCUCCUUCUGAGUUUUCUGUUCCUUCUUUUUGGGGUGGUUUUUGGUUCCUUUUAGUCAAACCUCUGUCAUGGCUCACUCUUGGUCUCCCAGUGAAGCUGUGCUGAGUGUCCCUGGUGGUGGCAGGGCUGGAUCACCUCCUGCCAUCAAUGCUGUGCAUCGUGCAGCCUAUAGCCGUGGUUUUAUGUGUAAAAGCCUCCUGGGCAUUGAGUUCUUGUGGUUGCUCCUUCAUGGUUUGCAUUUUGGAACCUUGUUAUGAUAUCAGUGAGAGUUGAUUUUUGGGUUGUUGCAGUCAUUUAAAAAAAAAAUAAGUAGAAUGAAGGUCUUUAAUUUUGAGUAUGGCUACAACAUAAGCAGAGCCUUCAUAGAAGCUCAGAAAUGAUUUUAGAAGUGAUUUGGGCUUUCUCAUUUCAAGUGCCUCAUGCUUUGCUAAGAAACAGAUGAAUGAGGGAGGGAGGCCUUAAGAACAGCCGGGCUGAGGCUCAGCUUUGUCUGGGCAGCCCCUCAGUGUCACUUCUCCAUCGGUGGAGCCAUAGGGGUGAUUUUGUACCACCAGCAGCACCUGCUGGCAUCUCUUCUCCUGGGGACGGUGACCAGGACUCAGCCCUGCCCCCAUAUGGUUAUACUGCACACAGGACCUCCAUCCCAUGAGGCUGGCUGGCGUGGAGCUUGUUCUGCUCACGGGUCAGGAUAAGUGGACAUAGUGAAAAUCUGAGCUGCAGCCCUGUGUACAUCAUGAGCUUUGGUUUGAGACCAGCAAAGCAGUUGUUUUUCUGAGAACUUCUGAGAAAUGGGGACCUGCAGGCUCUGGUGAGCACUCAGCUGCACUGACCUGAGCUGAGCUCCAGGGGAUGGAGGUGUGACCGAUGGAGAUGGUGACCAACACAAGAAUGGCCCCUUCCACAAGCAUUGCUUCUUGUGGUUGUGCACACCCAGAUUAUCCCUAUCUGCCCAGUCCCCUUCUGGUUUUGUUGCUUUAUCAUAUUUUGAUUAUUUCUUUCUCACUGUUUCUGCCUGUCUUCCAGCUGUGCCCUGAUCUGUCUCACAGUCUCAUUAAGGCAUCAUUACCAUUUCUUGAGCUUUGUUCCCAAGACUCCCUCAAACAACUGCCAACAACCAGAGCUGGUUUAAUCAGCCCUGUGGUGGGGGGGUCCAAUUUCCCAUUUCUCCCCAUGGGCAUGAGGCACAGGGAACAGUCAAAGCACACCUUGUUGGGUUGCUGUGGUGCUGCUGUGCUUUGUUACCAGUCUUAACACUCAGGUAACACCACAUUGCAGAGGCUGACAGAGGGUGUGUUGGUGAGGCAUUGGGGAUCAUGGCCCCACCUGCUCCCCAUUGCCCUUCCUUGGAUUUGAAGAACAGGAGCUCCUUUACCUCCAGGAGGAAGGGAGGCUUCACUCCUGCACACAAAGCAGUGGGAUUUGCACUCACAGAAACAUUCCUGGAGUCCAUGCAAACCUCUCUUUGCAUGCCGAGUCCCCCUAUGGGCAUCGUGGGACUGCUGUGACACACAGACCCCUCUGUGCUGGUCUUCGGCCGUUUCCUUCCCCUGUGAGCACCAACGUGGAGAAAAGGAGAAGCCAGGGCAGAUUUGAGGAUAAUAAGGAUGAGCAAGAAAACGUUCAGCACAAAAGCGUGGUCACUCUUUCACACAAAGGACAUCGCAUAAGUGAACGCUUCCAUUAGGUUGCUCCCAUGCCGUGGCUCUCCAGCCAGGACCCAGCAGUGCCAGGCACGGAGUUGCCUGCAGCACAGUGAACUCAAAACUCAGGUAUGAACUGCUCGGCUGGAGCUGGGGAACGAGGGCUGCAGUGGGGCUGCAGCAAAGCAGAUCACCACGCUUGUCAGCGCCGUUGGAGGGUUUCCUCCUCUCUGGCACAACGUCGGCUACGUGGACGUUCCACACAUUGUGCACGUUGGUUCAGUCUAAGCGUAGUAGUUGUGAAUUAAGUUAUCUGAUGCUUCGCAUGAAAACUUCAAAAAAAAGAAAAACAACCAACAACAAAAAGGGGGGGGGGAUUUUAACUGAGAAAAGCCUAUGAAAAUAUACUGGGAAUGUGGCAAAGAAAUCAACAUUCUGCUGUAUAUUGACAGAAUUAUUUUUAUUAAAAUACA